ACAAUGCCACAGGAAAACAGUGGAGAAGCAAGCUCUCCAGAGACCUCCUGGAUAGCGCAAGACCUGAGCCAUAUUUUACACCAGAACCCCUGCCAGGCUGAUUUGGUGUGUGUCAACGUCAGUACUCUUUAGUUUUUUUCCAGAAGGUGCAUAUAGCGGCGUAUCAAAUAUUGAACCCUCUGGGGACUAAAAUGAUAGUAGUAUGAUAGUAUGGCAACACAAGUCUCACUGAGUCACUGGUAUUCAUUUUGGCACAUUCGUGCUGUUCUCACAGUUGCCUGACUAAUUCAUCCCAAUGGUAGGGGUCUGCCUGCGCCGUGCGCGGCUUUCUUUGGACCGCCUGUCCUGUGCUUCUUCUGUGCUCGUACGUCAUAACGCCAUAGAAAAUAAGAUGGCUGGACCAGUUCAUGGUAGCGAAAAGCAAAGGAAUCCGAUGCCAAUUCCCAUUGUUGGUGUGAUAAGAAUCAACGAGAGCGUGUUCGAUUCCUCAGACGCAAGACGAAAGCGUGGCAAGAGCAAAAACAGACUCAAUAUUUUCAGAAGGCCCUUACUAAGUUAGUAGCACGACCCCGCAAAUCCUCGCACUGUGGAUACCUGAAGAUGAGGCCUUUGCCACAAGGAGGCGUGCAUAUAAGUUUGGUAGCAGUUGCAAAUGAGGAUAGUG